AUGAAGGGAUGCAGAAUCUUUCAUGGCAGAAGUGCUGGAAGGUACUUGAAAUACUCUAAUUCGAAUUAUUCUACAUCGGCUUCAAAACCAAUUGCGAACGCCAAAAACUUCAAAAAUAUUACUUCCAGCUCUGCAGCCACAGGUGACUCGAGUCAGGGAGACAAUGCUGAUGGCAUUCAAACUACGACUAUAGACGGAGGAGAAGGGCGAAAGAAUGGAUAUGGAAAAGAAAUCAAGCGACGAGAGUUACCUCUCUCACCACUCAUGGAUCCCUUAUUUCAAGAAGCCCGAACCAAACAUUCAGCUCCCAAAUCGCAACCCAAGAAAGGAGACCGAACAGCUUUUCAAGAGCAACUUGCCAAAAAUCCUUAUGCUCUCGCCCUCGCAACCCCCGUCCGUCAAUGUACCGCAACACAACUCUCGCUCCCUAGUUUCUUUCUCCAAGACUUUACAAUAAUGGCGCAUCCCACCACAUCAGCCCCCUGGCACGUUCCUCGUAGUCUCUCUCCCCAUUCACCUAAAGUCGAAUCCUCCGAGCAAAUUUCUUUCCACACCCCCUCACUAGGAUCCACCACCUACGUAGCCAUGCGCCAACCCCUCCUUCAGUCCUUUUUCAAGACAAAAUCUGGAUACACGGGGGUAUACAAAAAAUUUGGACUCAUGCAGGCGAAAAGUACAGCGAGGAAACAUGUUGUGCUACAAGCGACUUGGAGAUCAGAUAUGGAUACCUUUUUACUGGAAUUGAUGAGGAGGAGGACGGCGGAAUUAUUGGAGUAUUUGUGUGGGAAGAAGAGUUAUAUACACAAAUGUGCGAAUUGGAAAGAAGUGGAAUUUAGUGAACAGACUGGCUGUGUAUUGUGGAUGGGACAGAAGCUUGCUUCGAGCGAAGAAGGGGAGCAGAGACUGGAGCAAGAGCAAGAGCAAGAGCAAGAAGUUCCUCCUGGAGAGUUUGAAACUAAAAGAAUCGGACCUGGAGGAAGAAAAGUUGUGCCUGUGUUUAAUCUGAGGACAAUGAUGGGUAAACAGUGGAUCGAAAAGAUCAGAGGGGGAAACCAGAUAUUUGGGAACCAGAUUUUGGUUGUUAAACAUAAGAAUGCGACUAAGGAGAUACAGAUGAGAUUAUGGAAGUUGCAGGGUUAUGUUGCUACGUAUGGAGGGAUGCCGGACGGAGAUGUAAAAAUGCCUGCGAAGGCUACGCAGUCGACGAAGAUCAGCACCAGGUCGACAAAUAUCGCCGACUCCAAACCUAGGAAAAUUUCUAAAGCUCUACGUUAA